AUCGGACCCGUUAUUUCCAAUCACCAGACGCUUCCGACGGAGUUGGAUCGACCUCCCACCACAACCUCUCCGGAUCUCCAAGAGCCGGGAAACCCCAGCGAUGGCGAUCGCCGCCCUGCGUCGGAUCCCUGUCCACCUCGCUCGAUCCGAUCCCUUCAUCUAUCUCCGGCCCCUUGCACGCCCCUGCUCCUCUUCAUCUUCCGCUGCCAUCGCUCCCUCCUCCUCCGUUUCCAAGAAGGUCGCCGACCGGAUCGUCAAACUGCACGCCGUCGAUCCCGAAGGAAGCAAGCGUGAAGUGGUCGGACUCUCCGGUCAGACGCUUCUCCGCGCUCUGAUCAACGCCGGCCUCAUCGACCCCGCGUCCCACCGCUUGGAGGAGAUCGACGCCUGCUCCGCGGAGUGCGAGGUCCACAUCGCGCAGCAGUGGCUCGACAAGCUUCCGUCGGCGUCCUACGACGAGCGUUACGUUCUCACCAGGGCCUCCAGGGACCGCAUCCUCAACAAGCACGCCAGGCUCGGGUGCCAGGUCGUCCUCCAGCCCGAGCUGCAAGGUAUGGUUGUUGCCGUCCCGGAGCCCAAGCCUUGGGACACCCCCUAGGUUGACAAGGCUCGUCUCUGUCGUCCCUUUCUCCACAAGGUUCGCUUGUGGUAGGAAAGCUUGGAUUUUUAUUGUUUUAAUUCGAAAAUAAUGGUGAUGACACUUGUUUUCCUAUCAUUUCAAUGAUCCUGUUAUUCGAUGAAUGACUUCCUUUGUUGAAAUUAGAAUUCUACUUGUUCGCUUAUAUUUA